AUGCAUCUUAAAAAGCUUCUAUUGCAGUUGCUUCUCCUUUUCCAAGGUGCAAUUGCGUUGACAAUCACGCAAGACACAGUUACAAGAGGUACCAUCAAUCUAGGUAUAGGCUCCAUCACAAUCAAUAGCGGAGCCUACUGGUCGAUUAUCGACAAUGCAGUCUCGGCCUUUGUGGGCGACUUGACUGUUCAAAAGAAAGCUGCUUUGUACAUUAGUUCCUCGAACCCACUCGUUGGGCUUCAAGUAACUUUGCUUGGUGUUCUCAACUCGAUACGAAAUGACGGUAUUAUCUCCUUCAACUCGUUGAAGACUCUUAUUGCUCCAAACUAUAACUUGAUCGGUGCGUCUUUCAGAAACACCGGUGAAGUGUACUUUGCUGCCGAUGGAACCAACCCACCCACUUUUGGCCUUACUGCUGCUGACUGGCAAAACUCGGGUUUGGUUGUGUUUCACCAGAACCAAGUUUCCAAAGCGCUUGUCAACUUGGGUACUCCAUUGUCGUCAAUUACAAACACGGGUUCAAUUUGUCUCCAUAGAACUAGCUAUCAACAAUUGACCUCAAUUAAAGGUUCGGGAUGGUACGUGUUAAAAAAAAAGAGCCUAUGGUGGGAGAAAAAAAAAAAUUAAAAGGGUGGCGCAGAAAAGCAGCCACCUAAGCCGAGUUAUUUUUUUUUCAAACCAUCGCUACCAUACGAGACUUUUCAAUCACGUGACAGUUGAUCUUUUUCAAACCCACCAACAAUAGUGAGGCCGCAAUUUGGUUGCAACUUUUUCCUUACUAACUAAUAACCCCUUAAUCUAGUAUCCAAGCCCAGAGCUCAACGAUUUACAUCUCCAAUGCUGUGCUUCCAAUUGACCAAUCGCAAACCUUCUAUCUUGCUGAUUCGGCUGCUUCUAUUGUGAUUCAGCCAUUGAGUCUUCCAGCCACGUACACUGUGGUUGGUUUCGGUGGAGGCAACAAGUUGGGUCUUACCCUUCCCUUGCUCUCAAUUCCAGUCAUCGGUACUCCAGCAGUGCAGUACGAUGGUAGUAGUGGUACGUUGACCUUGACUGCAUUGGGUGUUGGUUUCUUGAACUUGCUUUCCCAAAAAUUCAUCAUUGGUCCCGGUUACGACUCUUCAAAGUUUCAAGUUGUUACGGAUUCAAGUGGUAUAAUUCCAAACAAUUUGCUUGGGCUGGUUCAAUAUAAUGGUCCCGUGCCUAAUCUGAAGGUGCCUUCUGUGUGUUUAUGUAAACCUCCACCAGACUUCCCCACAUCGGCUUCGUCAGCUGUCAGUUCGUCCACAAUUGCAUCAUCAUCAUCAUCGUCGUCGUCUUCUUCUUCAGUUGCGACAUCAUCCUCAUCGUCGAGUGCCAGCAUCACAUCUGCUGCCUCUUCGUCAUCCUCAAAGGCGUCAUCUUCCGCUGCUUCCUCGUCAUCGAGCGCACCAUCCAGCUCAGCCACUUCGUCUUCAAGCUCAGCAUCUUCGAGCUCGAAAGCAUCCUCAAGUGUGUCGUCGGCCGCAUCCUCCUCCUCCACUGCUUCCAGCUCGCCGUCUACUAGCCUGGUUUCUUCCUCAACCGUUCCACCCACUUCCAGCUCAAGUUCUUCCUCGAUUGUGACAUCUUCAUCUUCAUCCUCACCAAUCAGCUCAAGCAGCAGCUCAGUCACUUCAUCCUCACAAGUGCAAUUAUCAACAGCAUCGUCAAGUGUUGCAAGCUCCACUUCUCCUACUAGCUCAAGCACCGUUAGCUCUUCCUCCUCGCAAGCAAAUUCGAGUAGCAAAUCCACUUACAAAACCGAGUACACCACUACCUGGACCACAACCGAGUCUGAUGGUUCAGUUGAGACCGACUCUGGUAUCGUCUCGGUGAGUGAUACCUCGUCGACUACCAUCACCACUUUCCCACACCCAUCCACUUACAGAACCGAGUACACCACUACCUGGACUACAACCGAGUCGGAUGGCUCAGUUGAGACCGACUCUGGUAUCGUCUCGGUGAGUGAUACCUCGUCGACUACGAUCACCACUUUCCCACACCCAUCCACUUACAGAACCGAGUAUACCACUACCUGGACUACAACCGAGUCUGAUGGCUCAGUUGAGACCGACUCUGGAAUUGUCUCGGUGAGUGAUACUUCCUCGACUACGAUCACCACUUUCCCACACCCAUCCACCUUCAGAACCGAGUACACCACUACCUGGACUACAACCGAGUCUGAUGGCUCAGUUGAGACCGACUCUGGAAUUGUCUCGGUGAGUGAUACUUCCUCGACUACGAUCACUACUUUCCCACACCCAUCCACUUACAGAACCGAGUACACCACUACCUGGACUACAACCGAGUCGGAUGGUUCAGUUGAGACCGACUCUGGUAUCGUCUCGGUGAGUGAUACCUCGUCGACUACGAUCACCACUUUCCCACACCCAUCCACCUUCAGAACCGAGUACACCACUACCUGGACUACAACCGAGUCUGAUGGCUCAGUUGAGACCGACUCUGGAAUUGUCUCGGUGAGUGAUACUUCCUCGACUACGAUCACUACUUUCCCACACCCAUCCACUUACAGAACCGAGUACACCACUACCUGGACCACAACCGAGUCGGAUGGUUCAGUUGAGACCGACUCUGGUAUCGUCUCGGUGAGUGAUACCUCGUCGACUACGAUCACCACUUUCCCACACCCAUCCACCUUCAGAACCGAGUACACCACUACCUGGACCACAACCGAGUCUGAUGGCUCAGUUGAGACCGACUCUGGUAUCGUGUCUGUUUCGGACACCUCGUCGACUACGAUCACCACUUUCCCACACCCAUCCACUUACAGAACCGAGUACACCACUACCUGGACUACAACCGAGUCGGAUGGCUCAGUUGAGACCGACUCUGGUAUCGUCUCGGUGAGUGAUACCUCGUCGACUACGAUCACCACUUUCCCACACCCAUCCACUUACAGAACCGAGUACACCACUACCUGGACUACAACCGAGUCGGAUGGCUCAGUUGAGACCGACUCUGGAAUUGUCUCGGUGAGUGAUACUUCCUCGACUACGAUCACUACUUUCCCACACCCAUCCACUUACAGAACCGAGUACACCACUACCUGGACCACAACCGAGUCGGAUGGUUCAGUUGAGACCGACUCUGGAAUUGUCUCGGUGAGUGAUACUUCCUCGACUACGAUCACCACUUUCCCACACCCAUCCACUUACAGAACCGAGUAUACCACUACCUGGACUACAACCGAGUCUGAUGGCUCAGUUGAGACCGACUCUGGAAUUGUCUCGGUGAGUGAUACUUCCUCGACUACGAUCACCACUUUCCCACACCCAUCCACCUUCAGAACCGAGUACACCACUACCUGGACUACAACCGAGUCGGAUGGUUCAGUUGAGACCGACUCUGGUAUCGUCUCGGUGAGUGAUACCUCGUCGACUACGAUCACCACUUUCCCACACCCAUCCACCUUCAGAACCGAGUACACCACUACCUGGACUACAACCGAGUCUGAUGGCUCAGUUGAGACCGACUCUGGAAUUGUCUCGGUGAGUGAUACUUCCUCGACUACGAUCACUACUUUCCCACACCCAUCCACUUACAGAACCGAGUACACCACUACCUGGACCACAACCGAGUCGGAUGGUUCAGUUGAGACCGACUCUGGUAUCGUCUCGGUGAGUGAUACCUCGUCGACUACGAUCACCACUUUCCCACACCCAUCCACCUUCAGAACCGAGUACACCACUACCUGGACCACAACCGAGUCUGAUGGCUCAGUUGAGACCGACUCUGGUAUCGUGUCUGUUUCGGACACCUCGUCGACUACGAUCACCACUUUCCCACACCCAUCCACUUACAGAACCGAGUACACCACUACCUGGACUACAACCGAGUCGGAUGGCUCAGUUGAGACCGACUCUGGUAUCGUCUCGGUGAGUGAUACCUCGUCGACUACGAUCACCACUUUCCCACACCCAUCCACUUACAGAACCGAGUACACCACUACCUGGACUACAACCGAGUCGGAUGGCUCAGUUGAGACCGACUCUGGAAUUGUCUCGGUGAGUGAUACUUCCUCGACUACGAUCACUACUUUCCCACACCCAUCCACUUACAGAACCGAGUACACCACUACCUGGACCACAACCGAGUCGGAUGGUUCAGUUGAGACCGACUCUGGUAUCGUCUCGGUGAGUGAUACCUCGUCGACUACCAUCACCACUUUCCCACACCCAUCCACUUACAGAACCGAGUAUACCACUACCUGGACCACAACCGAGUCGGAUGGUUCAGUUGAGACCGACUCUGGUAUCGUCUCGGUGAGUGAUACCUCGUCGACUACGAUCACUACUUUCCCACACCCAUCCACUUACAGAACCGAGUACACCACUACCUGGACUACAACCGAGUCUGAUGGCUCAGUUGAGACCGACUCUGGAAUUGUCUCGGUGAGUGAUACCUCGUCGACUACGAUCACCACUUUCCCACACCCAUCCACUUACAGAACCGAGUACACCACUACCUGGACUACAACCGAGUCGGAUGGCUCAGUUGAGACCGACUCUGGUAUCGUCUCGGUGAGUGAUACCUCGUCGACUACGAUCACCACUUUCCCACACCCAUCCACUUACAGAACCGAGUAUACCACUACCUGGACUACAACCGAGUCUGAUGGCUCAGUUGAGACCGACUCUGGAAUUGUCUCGGUGAGUGAUACUUCCUCGACUACGAUCACCACUUUCCCACACCCAUCCACCUUCAGAACCGAGUACACCACUACCUGGACUACAACCGAGUCGGAUGGUUCAGUUGAGACCGACUCUGGUAUCGUCUCGGUGAGUGAUACCUCGUCGACUACGAUCACCACUUUCCCACACCCAUCCACCUUCAGAACCGAGUACACCACUACCUGGACUACAACCGAGUCUGAUGGCUCAGUUGAGACCGACUCUGGAAUUGUCUCGGUGAGUGAUACUUCCUCGACUACGAUCACUACUUUCCCACACCCAUCCACUUACAGAACCGAGUACACCACUACCUGGACCACAACCGAGUCGGAUGGUUCAGUUGAGACCGACUCUGGUAUCGUCUCGGUGAGUGAUACCUCGUCGACUACGAUCACCACUUUCCCACACCCAUCCACCUUCAGAACCGAGUACACCACUACCUGGACCACAACCGAGUCUGAUGGCUCAGUUGAGACCGACUCUGGUAUCGUGUCUGUUUCGGACACCUCGUCGACUACGAUCACCACUUUCCCACACCCAUCCACUUACAGAACCGAGUACACCACUACCUGGACUACAACCGAGUCGGAUGGCUCAGUUGAGACCGACUCUGGUAUCGUCUCGGUGAGUGAUACCUCGUCGACUACGAUCACCACUUUCCCACACCCAUCCACUUACAGAACCGAGUACACCACUACCUGGACUACAACCGAGUCGGAUGGCUCAGUUGAGACCGACUCUGGAAUUGUCUCGGUGAGUGAUACUUCCUCGACUACGAUCACUACUUUCCCACACCCAUCCACUUACAGAACCGAGUACACCACUACCUGGACCACAACCGAGUCGGAUGGUUCAGUUGAGACCGACUCUGGAAUUGUCUCGGUGAGUGAUACUUCCUCGACUACGAUCACCACUUUCCCACACCCAUCCACUUACAGAACCGAGUAUACCACUACCUGGACUACAACCGAGUCUGAUGGCUCAGUUGAGACCGACUCUGGAAUUGUCUCGGUGAGUGAUACUUCCUCGACUACGAUCACCACUUUCCCACACCCAUCCACCUUCAGAACCGAGUACACCACUACCUGGACUACAACCGAGUCGGAUGGUUCAGUUGAGACCGACUCUGGUAUCGUCUCGGUGAGUGAUACCUCGUCGACUACGAUCACCACUUUCCCACACCCAUCCACUUACAGAACCGAGUACACCACUACCUGGACUACAACCGAGUCGGAUGGCUCAGUUGAGACCGACUCUGGAAUUGUCUCGGUGAGUGAUACUUCCUCGACUACGAUCACUACUUUCCCACACCCAUCCACUUACAGAACCGAGUACACCACUACCUGGACCACAACCGAGUCGGAUGGUUCAGUUGAGACCGACUCUGGUAUCGUCUCGGUGAGUGAUACCUCGUCGACUACGAUCACCACUUUCCCACACCCAUCCACCUUCAGAACCGAGUACACCACUACCUGGACCACAACCGAGUCUGAUGGCUCAGUUGAGACCGACUCUGGUAUCGUGUCUGUUUCGGACACCUCGUCGACUACGAUCACCACUUUCCCACACCCAUCCACUUACAGAACCGAGUACACCACUACCUGGACUACAACCGAGUCGGAUGGCUCAGUUGAGACCGACUCUGGUAUCGUCUCGGUGAGUGAUACCUCGUCGACUACGAUCACCACUUUCCCACACCCAUCCACUUACAGAACCGAGUACACCACUACCUGGACUACAACCGAGUCGGAUGGCUCAGUUGAGACCGACUCUGGUAUCGUCUCGGUGAGUGAUACCUCGUCGACUACGAUCACCACUUUCCCACACCCAUCCACUUACAGAACCGAGUAUACCACUACCUGGACUACAACCGAGUCUGAUGGCUCAGUUGAGACCGACUCUGGAAUUGUCUCGGUGAGUGAUACUUCCUCGACUACGAUCACCACUUUCCCACACCCAUCCACCUUCAGAACCGAGUACACCACUACCUGGACUACAACCGAGUCGGAUGGUUCAGUUGAGACCGACUCUGGUAUCGUGUCUGUUUCGGACACCUCGUCGACUACGAUCACCACUUUCCCACACCCAUCCACUUACAGAACCGAGUAUACCACUACCUGGACCACAACCGAGUCGGAUGGUUCAGUUGAGACCGACUCUGGUAUCGUCUCGGUGAGUGAUACCUCGUCGACUACGAUCACCACUUUCCCACACCCAUCCACCUUCAGAACCGAGUACACCACUACCUGGACCACAACCGAGUCGGAUGGCUCAGUUGAGACCGACUCUGGUAUCGUGUCUGUUUCGGACACCUCGUCGACUACCAUCACCACUUUCCCACAUGAGCUGUCUACUGGCCCAAUAGUGUGCAAGAGAGGGGAUAUUGACUGUUCACUGGCUGAAUCAACAUUCAGAACCGAGUACACUACCACUUGGACUACAACCGAGUCGGAUGGUUCAGUUGAGACCGACUCUGGUAUCGUCUCGGUGAGUGAUACCUCGUCGACUACCAUCACCACUUUCCCACACCCAUCCACCUUCAGAACCGAGUACACCACUACCUGGACCACAACCGAGUCUGAUGGCUCAGUUGAAACCGACUCUGGUAACGUGUCUGUUUCGGACACCUCGUCGACUACGAUCACUACUUUCCCACACGCAUCAUCAGGUAGUGAGUCAUCCGCUGUUUCGUCGAGCUCGUUGUCUGCCUACUCAUCGGAGCCAUCCAUCAGCCCAAGCUCGGCUUUCACCACCGAGUUUACCACUACUUGGACUGCUACUCUUUCAGAUGGCUCUGUUGAGACUGACUCUGGAAUCGUUUCGGUGAGUGACACUUCUUCGACUACCAUCACCACCUUCCCACACGCAUCAUCAGGUAGUGAGUCAUCCGCUGUUUCGUCGAGCUCGUUGUCUGCCUACUCAUCGGAGCCAUCCAUCAGCCCAAGCUCGGCUUUCACCACCGAGUUUACCACUACUUGGACUGCUACUCUUUCAGAUGGCUCUGUUGAGACUGACUCUGGAAUCGUUUCGGUGAGUGACACUUCUUCGACUACAAUCACAACCUUCCCACACGCAUCAUCAAGUAGUGAAUCAUCCGCCGCCUCAUCGUCAUUGUCGGGCCUGACCUCCUCAAAGACCUCCUCAUCUGAUCCAAGUUCCGAGUCAUCUUCCCUCAGCCUUUCGUCGGUAUCGGGUCCAAUCUACUCAUCAUCUGUUGACGCUAUUCCUUACUCGUCGGUUUACCAAAAUACCGAAACCUCAAGUAGUACAGGAACUGCUACUGCUGGUUCACUGGAGACAGCUUCAGGCAAGGGUUCGACCACUGCUGAGACCACAGUCACAGGGUCUGGUGCUACUGAAUACACUAGUACUCAGUUGGUUCCUACUAGUCAAAGUGGACACAGUACCACAAGUUCUAUUGGGUCUUCUGCUCCUGGAGUGAGCAAUUAUGCUGCCACCUCAUCUCAAUCAAGCCAAGUUGGCUCGUCGGAGACAUCUAAUGGAUCGGCUUCGGGUGUGGCAUCGAGUUCGACAUCGGGUUUGGCUUCAGGUUUGGUUUCAAGCUCUACUACUGUCGUCACUACUGCAACAUCCACUGUUGUCACCACCUCCAACGGAGUGGUGUACACUGAAGAGAUUACUACAAUUGAGACCGUGACAGUCCCAUGCUCCACAACUGAGAAUCAAGGAAAAGGCGGUGAAGCAACUCCAGGACCAAUCAUCAGCAAUACCAAGAGUGGAGCUAGUGCUUCAAGCUCUACUACUGUCGUCACGACUGCAGCAUCCACUGUUGUCACCACCUCCAACGGAGUGGUGUACACUGAAGAAAUUACUACAAUUGAGACCGUGACAGUCCCAUGCUCCACAACUGAGAAUCAAGGAAAAGGCGGUGAAGCAACUCCAGGACCAAUCAUCAGCAAUACCAAGAGUGGAGCUAGUGCUUCAAGCUCUACUACUGUCGUCACGACUGCAGCAUCCACUGUUGUCACCACCUCCAACGGAGUGGUGUACACUGAAGAGAUUACUACAAUUGAGACCGUGACAGUCCCAUGCUCCACAACUGAGAAUCAAGGAAAAGGCGGUGAAGCAACUCCAGGACCAAUCAUCAGCAAUACCAAGAGUGGAGCUAUUGCUUCAAGCUCUACUACUGUCGUCACUACUGCAACAUCCACUGUUGUCACCACCUCCAAUGGAGUGGUGUACACUGAAGAGAUUACUAAAACCGAGACCUUGACAGUCCCAUGCACUUCCUACAGCUCGGUGGGUAAUUCGGGAACUGGUAAUGUUGCAACUGGAAGUCCUGGUGCAACAGGUGGAGUAACCACACAAAACGGAAAUGGCCAGCAAGAAUCUACUGGUACAAGAACUGAAACAAACUCAGUUGGAGCAGGAAACAGUGGAAAUACAGGCGAAACGACGAAAACCGUUGGUACAGGCUCUAUUGCAACUGGUGGAUCAGCCAAGACCCAAGGUCAGCAGACUGUGAUUUCCGGUGGUCAGCAAUCCCCAGCUACUGCAGCCUCACCUUCAAAUGGCGCUGCUGGUACAAAUACGAGUGGCGCUGCUAGCGGACAAGCCACUGUUGAGACGACAGGUCAGAAAACAGGCAAAGGUUCAGGUGAAACUACCACUCUAGGACAAACAGGUGCUACACCUGGUGUUCAACAUUCGGGUUCAGCCACUACAUUGUCAGCAGAUUCAGUUAAUACGGUAGCUCCUGGUGGAACUCAAGCCACCACCGCUCAAGGCUCUACAGUUGCAGGUGAAAAAACGCAAGCCAGUGCUAGUGCUGGUCAAGGUUCGGGAACUUCUGUGGCUAAUGGUCAAGCUACUGGAGUUGUCUCUGGAACUGCUCAACAUACUGGCUCUACCGGCUCUCAAUCGGGCGCCGGUAAUGGUACUGGAGCACCUCAGCAGUCUCAAGCUGGAACAGUAUCUGAAACUGUUCAACCUACCGGCUCUACUGGUUCUCAAUCGCAAGCUGGUAACGGUGUUGGCUCAGGAGCCCAACCUACCGGCUCUACGGGCUCUACUGGUUCUCAAUCACAAGCUGGUAACGGAGUUGGCUCAGGAGCCCAACCUACCGGCUCUACGGGCUCUACUGGUUCUCAAUCACAAGCUGGUAACGGAGUUGGCUCAGGAGCCCAACCUACUGGCUCUACUGGUUCUCAAUCGCAAGCUGGUAACGGAGUUGGCUCAGGAGCCCAACCUACCGGCUCUACGGGCUCUACUGGUUCUCAAUCACAAGCUGGUAACGGAGUUGGCUCAGGAGCCCAACCUACUGGCUCUACUGGUUCUCAAUCGCAAGCUGGUAACGGUGUUGGCUCAGGAGCCCAACCUACCGGCUCUACGGGCUCUACUGGUUCUCAAUCACAAGCUGGUAACGGAGUUGGCUCAGGAGCCCAACCUACCGGCUCUACGGGCUCUACUGGUUCUCAAUCACAAGCUGGUAACGGAGUUGGCUCAGGAGCCCAACCUACUGGCUCUACUGGUUCUCAAUCGCAAGCUGGUAACGGAGUUGGCUCAGGAGCCCAACCUACUGGCUCUACUGGUUCUCAAUCGCAAGCUGGUAACGGAGUUGCAUCUGCAACAAGAACAGGAUCAGCAUCAAACCCAUCAGGAGUUGCAAACAACAAUCCAAGUUUGUCAUCAUACACUUCGGGAUUCACCACGUCAUCAAUCGGUGCACCAGCACCAGCAUCUGUAUCAUCUGCAUCAUCGUCCAACCCAGCAGUUGUUGUUCCACAAUCUGAAAACUCGUCAUCUAGUUCAUUUAAACUUAACAAGAGGUUUGCUCUUGUUGUUGGGUUGCUUACUACUGUUGUCACUGUUAUUUAA